UCUUCUUCCGCAGUCCGCCGGCGGCACAGUCCAGGCCUGCUCCGGGGGUGCAUCGGCUUCGCCAGCGGCAGAGGGAUUCUGGGUAACGACCGUGGCCGGCGGGGCGGCUGGCUCCGCCCAGCAGGUUCCACUCACGCCAGGGCCGUUGGCACUGGCGGUUGUCGGGCCCGGACCAGUGGGACAUGGAGCAGCCGUGGCCGCCACCGGGCCCCUGGAGCUUCCCGAGGACUGGCGGGGAGACCGAGGAGGAGAGUGACUUAGACGUGUCCCCCUCUUCGUCCCACUACUCUCCGGUACCGGACGGCGGCGCCCAGAUGUAUAGCCACGGGAUUGAGCUGGCUUGCCAAAAGCAGAAAGAAUUUGUGAAGAGCUCUGUUGCAUGUAAAUGGAAUCUUGCUGAAGCCCAGCAGAAACUUGGCAGCUUAGCACUGCAUAACUCUGAGUCCUUGGAUCAGGAACAUGCCAAAGCACAGACCGCGGUGUCAGAACUGAGGCAGCGGGAAGAAGAAUGGCGACAGAAAGAAGAGGCUCUGGUCCAAAGAGAGAGGAUGUGUCUCUGGAACAUGGAUGCCAUUAGCAAGGAUGUUUUUAAUAAGAGUUUUAUUAAUCAAGAUAAAAGAAAAACAGAAGAUGAAGAUAAAUCACAAUCAUUUAUGCAGAAAUAUGAGCAAAAAAUCAGACAUUUUGGUAUGUUGAGUCGAUGGGAUGACAGUCAGAGGUUUUUGUCUGACCACCCACACCUCGUAUGUGAAGAAACUGCUAAGUAUCUUAUUUUAUGGUGUUUCCACCUAGAAGCUGAGCAGAAAGGCGCUCUGAUGGAACAGAUAGCACACCAAGCCGUGGUAAUGCAGUUUAUUAUGGAAAUGGCCAAAAACUGCAAUGUGGACCCAAGAGGCUGUUUUCGUUUGUUUUUCCAGAAAGCCAAAGCAGAGGAGGAAGGUUAUUUUGAAGCAUUCAAAAAUGAACUUGAAGCUUUCAAGUCAAGAGUAAGACUUUACGCUCAAUCACAAAGCUUUCAACCUGUGACGGUUCAGAAUCAUGUUUCCCAUUCUGGUGUUGGAUGCAUGGGCUCCUUAGAAUCCUUAUCACAGUUCUUCAGGUUUCGGUCUGUGUGGACUCCACAAUUCCACUUUCUUUCCUAGUAUGCUCUGCUGCAGAGGAAUAGAAGGUGAAGCCGUGUGCGCAGUUGCAUGUGUGGUGUGAAGCUGCUUUUCAAGUGUUGUUCCCCGUCUGUCUUUCUUUCUCUCUCCCCCAGAAUCCAGAUUCUCUUCAGUGUUGUACCCCUGCCCCUCUGUGCAGUGUAGACUCAGUGGUACACAAAGAAGAUGACGACAGAAUGAUGGACACUGUCUGACUCAGCUAGACUGCUGAGCCCAAGGACUAGUUUGUUACAAGAAAGGAAGAGCCUGGCUAUUUUCUUGACACUUUUAUGGGUGCUGCACUUUAUUUUUGUUUGGUUUUAUGGGAGGGAAAGAGUACUGAAAUGUUUUGCAACUUUUUUUUAUGUGCUGCUAGGGUUUUUGUUGUUGUUGUUUUGUUUCUGAAGGGAGGAGUGGUAACCAUAUGUGGCAGGAAGUCAAACUGGACGGACUCUCCCCCACCCCUCAGUUACUAAAUUUGCCUUUAACUGUUCUUAUUUUUGGAAUCAAAGUAUGAAAAUCUGCACAACGCAAUGUUUACAAGACUGGUUGACUGAGGAGAUGUCUGCUACACGGUCUUUUUCUUACAUGGAUAUACAUGUCCUACUUCGCGGAAAGAAUUCAAGAUAAAAGUAUGCUGUGUCCCACUGCAAAGUUCAGCUGUCAAAUCUGGUAUUCAUCACAUUAAAAGCAAUAAAUCCGCAGUGGUAACCUACUUUACUAAUUAGUAAGCUGGGUGGCACAAAUUGCUAUUUUAAGACUUUACAUUUGUAUUUUCGGCACCACCAGUUAACUCCUUGGCUAGUAUAAAUUCGAUAUUAAAAACAUUACAUUUAUCCCUAAAGUAGUCUCAAAACUGUUCAGAAGUUGACUUUGUCCUGAUGACUGUUUAAAUAUUAAGCAGGCAGUGAGUGUAGAAAACGAUACAGUUUUCUGUUUUUCCAAGAAGAUAAAAUGCAAGCUUACUCUAAUCUACUUGACAUAGUCCGGGACCUCUCAGGGAGUAAGUUUUAAAAGAAUAGUAACGGCCUGUAAGAACAAACAGGAAGAGUAAGGUCCUUGUCCAAUCACAGUCACUGUGUUCCAUGUGGCGAAGCCUUGAGAAAUGGAGAGCUGAGCUGCCAACCAUCCUAAGGAUUGUAACAGUCCCUUCAAUGGCGGUGAUGGGUCUCACUAUCUGCUACUCGCUUCUAGCUCAGUUACUAGAGGAUGCUUCUGAGUUUUACUUCUUCCUGUGUAAUUCAUUGCAGAUCCACCAGGAUGUUUGAUUAUUCUUUUAUUUAGAAUUAGAUGACAGUGCCAAUUAUGAUAUCCUUAUUAUUUGAGGAUUAAUCUUCCAGCAUACAGGAGCACUAGCUUUGGUUAUUUUUGAGUGUGAUUUUUGGCUCAGUACCCACUUCAAUUUGUAGCAAAUAUUUGGAAAGUGGGUACCUGGGGUUUGGAAAUGCAGGUCUCAGUUUGAGUUAAGAAAUCAUGCUAAGGGGCCAUGGGGGCUCAGAGCUGUGGCCUCCGCCUCAGCUGUCCUUUUCAGCCAAUGGGGCACCUAACUCUGUGGAAAUGGACUGGAAUUGUUGAAUCAUACUCCUGUAAUGUCACAAUCUUCCUAGUUCCCAGAAUAAAAGUCUUUUUGUGCUUUUGAUAUAAAUAUAUAUACUCUAUAAUAAAAUGUCUGACUAAUUUAUAUGGCAGUGCUCACUGGCCUGUAAGUUUCAUUUAAAUCAGUGACCUAGUCAUUGAAGUUAUUUGUUUUAUUUUUUUCUCUCUUCCUUUUUCUUCUUGUCUGGAGCAUGCUCUGAGUUUCCCUCUGAUACCAAGUGGACAGAAUAUAACAUAGUAAAUCCCUGAUUUCACAGAAGUAGCACUUGACUGACCACUUUCCACUUCACUUCUGCCCAUGACUUGUCUAUGGUCACCCAAGUGGCCGUAGCUUUCAUUUUGUCUUCUAUAAUUUAAAGCUCUUAAUGGCCAAAACAACAACAACAAAAGUAUUAGCAAAGUAAGUAUAUAAUUUUAAAGUUUAUUUUGGUUUUGUUUUCUAAGACAAGAAUUAAGAAAACUUUUUUAAUACUCGGCUGGAACUUUUUUACCAAAGGAACCACUGAUGGAUGUCAUAAUUUGCACUUAAGGAUGGGAACUUGACCACUAGCAGGACUUUAGUAUGAAGGUGAUAUGUUAGGCUGUGUGUGGUAGUGCAUGGCUUUAAUCCCAGCACUUGGGAGGCAGAGGCUGGUUUAUCUUUCCGAGUUCAAGGACAGCCAGAGCUACAUAGAGAGACUGUCUCAAAACAAAAUGACAGUCUAUUGGAGUCCUUCUAUUUCCUUGAUUUGAAUGCCCUCUUAGUAUUGAGCUAGCUAUCUCCAGCAAGAAUACUCCUCUCUUUUCUUAAUAAAGAAUAAUACUACUUAGCAAAUAGAUAACUCAUAUUUCAAGUGAAAAAAUUUUCCCUAUCUAUGAGAAAUUCAAACUAAUCAGUUAAUCAAUGAAAAAUAGUUGACAUCAAAGUUAUUUAACAAAGACUAUUGUGUUUUUUCUUUUGAUUUUUAAUUUAUUUAUCUGAGUACACUGUAGUUGUCUUCAAACACACCAGAAGAGGGCAAUGGAUCCCAGUACAGAUGGUUGUGAGCCAUCAUGUGGUUGCUGGGAAUGGAACACAGGACCUCUGGUAGAGCAGUCAGUGUCUUGACUGCUAAGCCAUCUCUCCAGCCCCCAAAGACUGUUGUUUUAAUGAAAUAGCUGAGGGCUUAGAAUGGUUCAGUUGGUAGAGCUCUUGCCUAAGAUUCAGUGAGCCCUUGAUUGCAUCUUCAGCACCACAUAAACUGGGCAUGGUGGCACAUACCUGCUGCCUUAGUGCUGGGGAUGUGAAGACAGGAGGGUUAGAGGUUCAAGUUUCCCUCAGCUACAUAGCAAGUUUCACAGCCAGCCUUCUGCCUAGAUGAAACUCUGUCUUAGAAGGAGAGAGACAGAAAGAAAUAGCUGUAACUCCAUGUGUCCUAAGAGCUGUUGUUCCAUCGAAUGGUAGUGGAGAAAAUACUGGUUAGAAUUAUUACUCUGAGAUUCGCUUUUAAUUACAUCAUCCAUGGUUCUUUCAAAAUUUUUGCCUAAGGAACUUAUAAUAGCCUUUAAUUUCUCUUCAGAAACAUUAGGCCUUUUUUAGACUAGCAUGCAUAUUAUUUUAAAAGUGAGUAAGAGCUCUUGAGAUGGCUCACUUGGUAAAGGUGCUUGCUGCCAAGCCUGCCAAUCUCUGGGACCUAAAUGGUGGGAAGAGAAAGCCAGCUUCCUCAAGCUUCAUCAGACCUUCAUAUAUGUACAGAGCAUACACACACGAGUUUUAUCUUUUAAAAAAUGUAUUAAGUAAAUUAACAUGCUUCCCCCGAGAGCACACAUCUCUGUUAAUAAGUGGUGCUCCUUACAGUGGAAAUGUCAGCAAGGUGUUCUCAGAGAAAAGUCAAGUCGACUUACUGUUCUCAGAGGGAGACACAUUUCAGUUCUUAAAUUGGUGAAGAGCAAAAGUGGUACUUGUCUGGACUGGGGUGGGUUUUUACUUCCAUUUUUCCAGCAUACCAUUCACAUUUUAGCAAGAAGAUCCUUACAUCCUGCAGCAUUCUGAUUCCCCUCUAUAAUGGGUGGUGUUGUACUAUUUCAUAGCUUGUCCAGAAAAAACUGAUCUGUAUUAGUUUGCUUACAGUGUCAUUUAAUGGGAAAUUACAAAGAGAAUUAAAUUUUGACUAUAGAUUGGUGCUGUAUACAGAGAACCCCAUGAUGUUAGGGAGCUAUAAAAAGUAGGGGCUAUGGGUGGAGAGAUGGCUCAGUGCUUAAAAAUGGUUAAAAAAAACUCUGGCUGCUCUUCCAGAGGUCCUGAGUUCAGUUCCCAGCUAUCACAUGGUGGCUCACAGCCAUCUACAGUGGGAUCUGAUGCCCUCUGCUGGAGUGCAGGUGCACAUGCAGAUAGAGCACUCAUACAUAAAAUUUAUAAACAAAUUUAAAAUUUAUAAGCAAAUCUUAAAAACUAUUAAAAAGGAAAAACCAGCAGGGGCUAGAGAGAUGGCUCAUUGGUUAAGAGCACUUGCUGCUCUGGCAGAGGCCAGAGUUUGAUGUCCAGCACCCCUGGCUGAUGGUUGACAAGCUCCUGUAACUCCCAUUCCCUCCACCACCCUCCCAUAGCUUCUGCAGGUACCCAUACAUAUGCACAGAAGCAAAUAAAUAAUAAAAUCUUUUUUCAAAAAAAUUGUAGGGGAAUGCUAAAACCUUAUUGGCUUUUACUAAUACUUUUUAAACCCACCUAGACGAUCUUAAUUGUUUAAAAUAAAGUAAAAUAAAAUUGAAUCCAA